AUGCCUUCUUCGUCGCAGUACCAGAACCAGCAUGGUGGGUGGAGUCCCCAGGGCGGGCUUCUCCAGUUUAACACCACCACGCAGGCUGUCGAAAGCGGCUCCGCCACCGCGGGCCUCAAGAGCGACACCCACGCCGUGCUGGUGGCACUGAAGGAGGCCCCCUCGGUGCUGUCGGUUCCCGAAAAAAAGAUCAUCCCCAUCGACAAACACGUCGGCAUCUCUUUCGCGGGCUUGGCGGCCCACGCCCGGCAGCUGAGCGACUCCAUGCAGACCAAGUGCCAGAAAAACCGUGCUACGUACGACACGCCGCUGUCCAUCAGCGUACUCGCCACACUUCUCGGAAACCAAAUGCAGGCGGCCACUCAGAGUUACGACCGGCUUCCUUACAAAGUUGGUCUCCUGAUAGCUGGAUAUGACGACCUCGGUCCACACAUCUACCAGGCCUGCAGCCCGUCAGGCGACACCUUCGAAUGCAAGGCCAUGGCUAUCGGGGAUCGCUCUCAGUCGGCCUGCACAUACUUGGAGGAGCACUUGGAUGAGUUCAAGUUGUGCAACCUGGAGGACUUGGUGAAACAUGGUUUGCGGGCGCUGCGCAGCUGCCUUCCCACCGGCGGUAAAUUGACCGCCGAGAACGUGUCGAUUGCCAUCGUCAGUCAGAACGAGAACUUCACCAUCUACGAGGACAAGAGUGUCGCCCCAUAUCUAACUUCAAUCGCUAAGGACCAACAACAACAACCCAGUGAUGAUGAUGCGCCUCCGCCUGCAGCAGCGCCAGAGGACAAAGACUAG